CAACCACCCAAAUGCGACUUUGCGACUUUGCUUCAUCAUUACACUUCAACUACAAUUCUUCCUCCCAAGUAAGUACCCAACCGUCCGUCGCCUUUUGGGCUUCGGAUCAAUAUAGACCUUCUUUCGUUGCCGGUGGUGCAACGAUCCCUUUACCGACGCGAUGUCUCAAUCAGAUAUAUCUGCCAUCACAGAACGAAGAGCAGCUCCCAUCGACCGACUUUUCGUUGAAAUUCUCACUUACAUUUUUCAUAUGUGUGUUCUUGAACGCGGUUGCCUCUUCCCGCGUCUUGACGUCAAUGAUCGCAAGAUAGGCCCAUGGAAGCUUGGGCGUGUAUGCUCAUUGUGGAGGCAAAUCGCCAAUAAAACGCCGACUUUGUGGACACGUCUCUCAUUUUCCUUUUCCCUCGUUAAGGAUCCCGUGUCAAGGUUCAAAGUUGCAUUAGAGGGCUCUUCUUGCCUUUCCCUGGACCUGGAGUUAUCUCCUGAUGAUCAGUAUCCGAUCGAUGUGCAGAGAGAGAUUUACCAGCUCGCUAUUUCUCACUCUUGGCGGUGGGAGCGUUUAACAAUUACCCCCAAUCACGCAGUUCUUCCCUUCUUAUCCGAUAUCCGUGCGCGUCAGCUUGAUAGACUCUCUCACCUUGUAGUCCAUUGUCCUGAGUUAUGGACACCCCUUCCUAUCGACGCGUUCCAGGACGCCCCCGCUCUGCAAACCAUUAAGCCCCAUCACAACUACGGGGGCGUGCGGUUCGAGCUGCCUUGGAAUAACAUCGUUGAAUUCUAUGAUUACACGUCUUCGGUGGAAUCUGUAUCGAUGCACCAUGUAAUCGACAUGAUUCAGCGAUUCCCAAACAUAGAGACGUUAUAUGCGCCAAUGAUGUGCUCUCCAUUCUCCACAGUGGUCAGCAUAGCCACUCCGUUCGUUCGAACAAGUUUGCGUGACCUCACAGCGUGUGAGGGUCCCAUUCUUCGGAGUCUAGUAUUGCCCUAAUUAAAGAAAAUCUGCCUUGCCCCUGGCGAGGACUCACUGGAGUAUUGUCCCGAUGACGCGCUUCCAACUCUUCUAUGCCUCAUUCAGUGCUCGCAAUGUUCGCUUACAUCGGUCGAGCUCUCCGACGUCAUUUUCACUGACGUUCUUUUGGAAAUUCUCCAUUGUACUCCACACCUCGAAAAUCU